AUGGCCCCAUUGGAGCAUCCACCUUGGCAGCUGGCUCACACCCUGCUGGUCAGCAUGGCUGCUGGGAAGGGUGCUGUGCGGAGCUCUUCAGCUGAAAACAGAUGGCGGCUUAGUGAAGCCGACCAGGGCAGGGGUUGCAAGCCAGUGCUGCUGGCGAAAACCAACCACCUGGGCUCUGAGGCUGCCACAGGCGGCGGGGGCCAGCAUGAGGCCUAUGCUGAGCUGGUGCUGUCAGCAACCCCAGGCAAACUCAGACUGGGAAAGCCAAUGGCCCAGAAGGUGUGCUGGGAACAGGGGCAGAGUGCCUUCACGGAGGUGCCUCGGCUCAAGAAGAGGCUGGAGGGUGCGCAGGCCAAGGAGAGGGAGCAUGGUAACCCCACAGGAUGGCCUGUCCCCCAGCAGCUGACACAGGAGAUCCCCAGGGCAGCUGGCAGCAAGGUCUUCUCUUGGCCCAGCGGAGCCCAAGGGGAACCGAGAAGCGCCUUCGGCAAACCAUCCAGGUGUCCAACAGGGAGACCUGGGCCAACCUCUGCCUUCCAGGCAGAGGGACACGCAGAUGCCCUUGGGGAGCUGUUGGGACUCAUCAACACGGUAGAUGUCCCUUGUUGGGGUCAACUUUCAAAUUCUAAGUUUUUGGUGGGUGAUUUCUGGAACCUGCAAACGUUGCCACAAAAUGUUCCUGUCUGCAGUGCUUUCAUGGGUGCCCCCACACUGUGGCUAAAGCAUGCCACUGGCCAGAUACCCACACACUCAUCCUCCUCCUCCCCUGCCUCUUGGGCUCUGCUGCGACCCACGUUCACCUCCCUGGGCCUGUCCACCCAGAACUGGUGUGCAAAGUGCAACCUGUCCUUUCGCCUGACCUCCGACCUGGUCUUCCACAUGCGGUCCCACCACAAAAAGGAGCAUGCAGGGCCUGACCUACAUUCUAAGAAGCUGAGGGAAGAGGCCCUCACAUGUCCCAUUUGCCAUGAAUACUUCCGGGAGCGCCACCAUCUGUCUCGGCACAUGACUUCUCACAGUUAGCCAGUGACUGUGGAGCAAACCUGUAGGGGCAGCUUCUAAGAUUUGGCAAUGAGCCGGAGAUGGCUCGCUGGUGUUUCCUUUGAAA